AUGGUUUCUUCAUCUCGAGCCCAGUCUCGUUCCUCCAGGAAUGGCACACCCGUUGCAAGGAGACGUCUUUCUCCUAGUCACACCUUACUUAUUACUCCGUUCAACGGAGGUAUCAUGCCCCGAGAACUUGAUAAGGUAGAAGGGUCAACAAUGGGUCUCUACUUUGGAAUGGGUCAUGCGAUAGCCGAGAAGAAGAAGUUUCCGUCCAUCCUUUCAAGCCGCCACAAGCACCAACGGUUCAUUGAAGUUCAUAGUGGAUUUUCAUCAGACACAAUCGCAGAUGACAUCUACAAGCUGAAAGUCAUCGUUGAUCAAAGACAUUACUACGUCUGUGGGACAUACGAUCAAGGAUCUCCCAACAAUAACGAACUUCUGAAAACGUACGGCGUGAGGGAGAAAUUCAAGGGCGAGAUCGCCAUAUUCUUCUACUCUGUCUAUGAGCCGGAAAGGUUCUUAGAUUGCGUGCCUAGGUAUGAGAAUAACGAGAGGGAUGAAAUAAUCAAACGAGUACUCACCGCGUUCUCGAGGAACGUCGGAGAUCACAUUGAAAAAGGAACUCCUCUGAAGCACAUCGUUAGGGGUUAG